UCUUGACACAGAAUCAACUCGACCUUCAGCGUGUGAAGAACAGAUCUUGGUAACAUUAUAUAAGUCUCAAUAACCGCCACCACCCGGGAUCAAGCAGCAAUUCAAGAUUCUAGAAACGUCAAGGUGUUCUUCAGACACGGGUUCUUGCAGCAAAUCUCUCCAGCGAAACUAUUAAGAGAGCAGCAUCUAACAGAGCACAACAUGGGCGACAUAACUAGCUUGGCUGCAGAUAGCCUCCCGAUCGUCUACGGUGACUCAACAGACUCGAGUACAUUUACUGACGCUGCCUGGGGCCGCGUCUUCAACCAGCGUCGCGACUACUCGCGCCGCCCGAGAGCCGUAGUGCGCGCUACGAAGCAAGCCCACGCAAAGGAGGCAGUAAAGCAGGCUAUUCGGGAGAAUGCUCGCGUUUCAGUCCGCAGUGGCGGUCAUAGCUGGGCGGGCUGGAGCGUCCGAGAUGAGGCUAUACUCAUCGACCUCGGGAACUUGAAGGAACUUGAUUACAACGAGGAAACUCAUAUUGUAUCUUGCUCCCCUAGCUUCACCGGCCGGCUACUGAAUGGCUUCUUGAAAGACAAGGGAAGAAUGUUCGCAGGUGGGCAUUGUCCUGACGUAGGUUUGGGCGGAUUCCUCCUGCAAGGAGGUAUGGGCUGGAAUUGCAAGAACUGGGGCUGGGCCUGCGAACAAAUUGCUGGAAUCGAUGUCGUUACUGCAGAUGGCAGAGAGCUCCGUUGCAGUGAGCAGGAAAACGCCGACCUGUUCUAUGCGGCGAGAGGCGGCGGUCCAGGGUUCCCGGCAGUUGUGACAAAGUUCCAUCUUCACACACGGCCUUUGCUGCAGAUGUUCGACUCUACAUAUGUGUACCCUGUCUCCGAGUACAAGAAAGUAUUACAAUGGGUGAUUGACGUAUGCCCCACGGCAGACGAGAGUCUCGAAAUUGUCUGCGUUGCGCUACACCCACCCGAAUCAGGCGAUAUCAACAUUGUUGCGGGCUUCACAGCUUUCAAAAAGGAUCAGGCGGAAGCAGAGGCAGCUCUGAGACCAAUCCAUGAAAGUAGGCCAAGUGAGUCAUUACUAGCUGAAACGUUCUGUGAACCGACCUCUCUUGAGAAGCACUAUGUCAGACAAGCAGCAGCCAAUCCCGAGGGUCAUCGAUACUGCAGUGAGAAUGCAUACAUCGAGAACGAUGCAGAUGUACCAGCCGUAUUAGAAUCUGCUUUCACAACCUUGCCGAGCAGGAAGUCCUUUGCUUUGUACUUUGCAAUGAAUCCCACGUCCAGGCGUCCACUUCCUGAUAUGGCAAUGAGUAUGCACUCGGACCACUAUUUUGCGCUGUACACCCUCUGGGAGGACGCAAAGGACGAUGAUCGUUGCACUGGAUGGGUCCACAGCAAUAUGCGCAGCAUCGAGCGACAUGGGGUAGGCAGUUACCUUGGUGAUUCGGACUUCCAGCAUAGACGAACGAAAUUCUGGGCCGACGAAAAUGGUAAGAAGCUUAUGGACAUUCGAAAGAAGUGGGACCCUCUUGGUCGCAUCUGCGGCUAUCUUGACCUUGGGGACAAAAGCGGCGUCAAUGGACUAGAAAACGUAUUCGAAUGGACACGCGACGUUGUGUCGUGAUGAUUCUCGAAAAGUAUCUAAUUUGGCAUCGGACAUUAUCGCGAUAGCCUCUACAAGCAUUUGUAUUGGCACUCCGGCGUUGUGCCGCGCUUGUCUUGGAGUAUCCAUGUGAGUUGACGUCCGACGUUGUGUCGUGAUAGUCUUAGAAAAUGAUUUUUGAAUGGGCAUCCAACGUUGUGUUGUGUUGAUCCAAAAGAGAGUAAUCUACUGAGCAUCCGAUGUUGUAUCGCGAUAUAGCUAAAAGGUUU